AUGGCGAGUUCCCUGCCAGGUGCCAAUCCAUUCCAGAGUUUGCUGAAGGAGAUCAACGUCAAUGGAGAAACAUUCCAUUACUUCGACAUUGCCUCAUUCCCGGAGUACCGUGAACUUCCUUACAGUGUGCGCGUGCUGCUUGAAUCAGCCGUUCGAAAUUGUGACAAUUUCCAGGUGCUGGAGAAGGACGUACGAGGCAUUCUACGAUGGAAGCAAAUGAAGGGCACACCGUCGUCGGAGGACGAGCUGGAAAUUCCUUUCAAGCCGGCACGUGUUAUUCUGCAGGAUUUUACCGGCGUACCGGCAGUGGUCGAUUUUGCCGCCAUGCGUGACGCUGUCCUAAAGCUCGGAGGUGACCCGGACCGUAUCAAUCCAAUCUGUCCCUCCGAUCUCGUAAUCGACCAUUCGGUACAGGUGGAUUUCGCGCGCAGUGAGGAUGCGUUGGCCAAAAACCAGGAUCUGGAGUUUGAACGCAACCGCGAACGGUUCACGUUCCUGAAGUGGGGUGCCAAGGCGUUCAACAACAUGCUCAUCAUUCCGCCCGGUUCGGGCAUCGUACAUCAGGUGAAUCUGGAGUACCUGGCCCGGGUUGUGUUUCAGGACGCAAAGGAUGGUGCGGUGCGGAUGCUCUACCCGGACAGUGUCGUCGGGACCGAUUCGCACACGACCAUGAUCAAUGGGCUCGGUGUGGUUGGUUGGGGUGUUGGUGGAAUCGAAGCCGAAGCUGUCAUGCUCGGUCAGGCCAUUUCGAUGCUGCUACCGGAGGUCAUCGGUUAUAAGCUGAUGGGCAAACUAAGCCCACUGGUAACUUCCACCGAUCUGGUGCUUACGAUCACGAAGCAUCUGCGCCAGAUUGGUGUGGUGGGCAAGUUUGUAGAAUUCUUCGGCCCGGGAGUGAGCGAACUGUCGAUUGCGGAUCGUGCUACGAUUAGUAACAUGUGCCCGGAGUAUGGUGCCACCGUCGGUUACUUCCCGGUGGACAAGAACGCGCUCGACUAUCUGCGUCAGACAAACCGGGCCGAGGAGAAGGUGCGUGUGAUAGAAGCUUACCUGAAGGCCACGGAUCAGCUGCGUGAUUUUGGCAAAGCCGAACAGGAUCCGGUUUUUACGCAAAUCGUUGAGCUGGAUCUGGCCAGUGUGGUGACAUCCGUAUCAGGUCCGAAGCGCCCGCACGAUCGUGUCGCCGUGAGCGAGAUGCAGGAAGACUUCCGGCAGUGUUUGAUCAGCAAGGUCGGUUUCAAGGGUUUCGCCGUACCGGAGGCGGAACUUGGUGCGGAGGGCACAUUCAGCUGGACCGACGGCAAGACGUACGCACUGCGUCACGGUUCGGUCGUGAUUGCAGCGAUCACGUCGUGCACCAACACAAGCAAUCCAUCGGUAAUGCUGGGAGCGGGCAUGCUCGCAAAGAAAGCAGUAGAAGCAGGACUGAAGGUGGCACCGUACAUCAAAACUUCCCUGUCGCCAGGAAGCGGUGUCGUCACGUACUAUCUGAAGGAAUCGGGUGUGAUUCCGGCACUUGAAGAACUUGGAUUCAACGUAGUUGGGUACGGUUGCAUGACCUGCAUCGGCAAUUCGGGCCCACUGGACGAUAAUGUGGCGAACACGAUCGAGAAGAACAAUCUCGUGUGCUGUGGCGUACUGUCCGGCAAUCGUAACUUCGAGGGCCGCAUACACCCGAACACCCGUGCCAACUAUCUGGCCAGUCCACUGUUGGUGAUUGCGUACGCACUCGCCGGCACGGUGGACAUUGACUUCGAGAAGCAACCGCUCGGUACGCGCCCGGAUGGGUCGGCCGUGUUCCUGCGUGACAUUUGGCCUACGCGUCAGGAGAUUCAGGCCGUGGAACAGCAGCACGUCAUUCCGGCCAUGUUCCGCGAUGUGUACGCAAAGGUUGAACUUGGUUCGCCCGCCUGGCAGGGUUUGAAUGCACCGACCGGCAAGCUGUACCCGUGGGAUACCGCCUCAACGUACAUCAAGCGACCGCCGUUCUUCGAGGGCAUGACGCGUGAGUUGCCCACGCUGGGAAGCAUCACCAAUGCGCGCGCCUUGCUGAAUCUGGGCGAUUCCGUCACAACCGACCACAUAUCACCGGCCGGUUCGAUUGCGCGAAACAGUCCGGCCGCUCGGUUCCUGUCCGACCGUGGCCUCACGCCGCGUGAUUUCAACUCGUACGGUUCACGGCGCGGUAACGAUGACAUUAUGGCACGCGGCACGUUCGCCAACAUUCGGCUAGUGAACAAGCUAGUACCGCGACCGGGACCCCGUACGCUGCACAUUCCCAGCGGCGAGGAGAUGGACGUGUUCGAUUGUGCGCAGCGGUACGCCGGCGAAGGUACACCGUUGAUUGCGCUCGUGGGUAAGGAUUACGGCAGCGGUUCGAGCCGUGACUGGGCAGCGAAGGGCCCGUAUCUGCUGGGUAUCCGUGCGGUCAUCGCGGAAUCGUACGAGCGCAUUCAUCGUUCCAAUCUGGUCGGGAUGGGUAUUGUGCCGCUGCAGUAUCUGGCCGGCGAGAACGCGGAGAGCCUUGGGCUGACGGGCCAGGAGCUGUUCAGCGUAGCCAUACCGGCGAACUGCAAACCGCACGAGCGCAUCACCGUCAGCACGGACGGUGGUAAAACGUUCGAGGUGAUUGCGCGCUUCGACACGGAGGUUGACCUCGAGUACUUCCGUAACGGUGGCAUCCUCAACUACAUGAUCCGGAAGAUGAUCGACUAG